ACAAGUAGUGAGAACACUGAGAAGAUUAAUUUCCCGGGAUGGCGACACCGGCAGAGUGGAUUAAUGGCGAUGAGAGUGCAAAAGAAAUGUUAUCUAGGGUUUUAACAGAACGUCCAUUCUUACUAAUUCCUCCUCUACAUCGUGUUCCGCUACGAGUUGGUAAUGUAGUUGAGAUUGUUGGUCCAUCUCCUUCUGCCAAAACCCAAAUCUUAAUGCAGGCUGCAAUUACUUCUAUUCUUCCAAAGGAGUGGAAAGGUGUACAUUAUGGUGGCCUGGAGCGUAAAGUACUGUAUUUCGACUUGGAUUGUCGGUUUGAUGUUGAACGUCUCGCGCAGUUACUAAGGCACCACAUUUUGUCAGCUAAUAGACCAAGUAACAAAAUCAGUACGGAGCUGAAUGAGAAUCUGCAAGAGCAUGAUGACACGAAGGACCAAACAGCUAAUUACGAUGAGGAGUUAUUUCUAGCUUGCAUGAAACGCUUCUUAUACGUUCGUUGUUACAAUAGUUUUGAGUUUUUGGCUACUCUUAAGACACUGCGCUAUCGACUUCAAAAGGAAAGUAAAGGAAAAAGUGUUGCUGCUCAUUUUUUAAUGAUCGACAGCAUUGGUGCUUUUUAUUGGGCAGACCGAGCCUCCACUCCCUUGCCAGUGGGAGGUGAUAACAGAAAAAGCUUGUCUCUUCAAAGUGUGGUAGAAACUGUUGUGAAGGAAAUCCAAAAGCUUCUACUGGUGCAACCUAUGCUUCUUCUAGCCACCAAAGCAACCAUAUUAGGGGGUGGUGAUUUCAAAAGGUCAUUUGGAAGGGCCCCACAGGAUGCCUCUGAUUUCAGGACUACAAGAAGUUCACAGAAUCAUUCUUAUCGCGAAUACAUGCCCUCGGUUUGGCAGGAUAAUGGUUUAGGCAAUUGUGAUCUAAAAUCUUUGCUCCUUACAUCUGAUUCUUGCAGCUGUUUAUUACACAUAGGAUACUCUUACAAGUUUCAGAUGAUGAUCCUGCUGACAGCGGAUAUCAAGAUGCUUCAACAUAUGCGUGUGAAUGGCUGCUUCCAUCACUCGGUUUCUCUGAAAAGUUUUGCGUGACCGAUCUCGGUCUUUUCAUGGUUACUUAACAGCUCAUUUAUGACAGCAAAGAAUAAGUUUGCCUGCUAUUUGCUUAAUCUAUUCUGUCAAUCAAGGUUUUGAGAACUCUUCUCUGAUUUGUUCUAUUUUAAUGUAAUCAAAGAGGCGGAGGCAGAGCCGUCUUAUAGACAAGGCCAGCUAGGCUAUUGCCCAGAGCCUCAUAUUGUUAGGGCCCAAAAUUUUAAUCUUUUUCUUACUGCUUGAUUAUUAUUAUUAUUUUUUUUUCUCUUGAACUUGAAGCACUAGAAUGCCGUUUGUAUGUAAAUACAACUUUCAAUUGCGUUAAACGCAUGAAUACAACUCCCUUUUUGUGUUA